UGACUGCGCCGGGCGCAGGGGGCGGGGCCGAACGGCCAGGCGCUGCCGGGUCGCCUAGCAACGGCGCCACGCAGAGCCAUGCAGGCCCGCGGCAGCAGAGAGCAGGAGGCCAGGGAUUAUUUGGAAAAACAUCGGAUUAUGGAGUUGCUGAACUAUCUCACCAGCACCCUGCUCUUUUUCCGGCCAGGAGCCAAGAUAUGGAAACAGCCUAAGUGUCUGUCUGCAGAUGGAUGGAUGAUGAAGAUGUGCUGUGUUUAUACAAUGGAAUAUUAUUCAGCCGUGAGAAAGAAAGAAAUCCUGCCAUGUGCAACAUGGACGGCCCUUGAGGAUAUGCUAAAAAAACCAAGAGAGUAUUUAAUAUCUGUAUUGGAACGACUGAGAAUUGCCAAGAUGACAGGCUUGGCUUUUCCUUUCUUUAUGGAUCAUUCUAACAUUGUGUCUAUGUUUGAAAUGAUGGACACUUCGAAUAAAGGCACCAUAUCGUUCGUGCAGUACAGAGAAGCCUUAAAAACCCUGGGUCUGUUGACUGCAGAUGAAGUUUUAAAAGAUGAUGGACAUGCAGUAACUCUGGAUAAAUUCAGACGUGAAGUGGCCCCUAGGGCUGUGAAAAGAGGAAUCAACAUCCUGUAACGCCAUCGACAGUCAUUGUUAAGUUCUGAGCUUACUGUUUGAAGUAAUUUUCUGGCCUCUUGCAAUAGCGGGAGAACAGGGGGAACAGGUUCCGAGUCAUAUCAAACUGGAGCUGAGCUGCCCCUCCCUCGUUGAAAUGAUUGGCAAGAACGAUCUGAAACAAAGAGCAGUUCGUGUCACACGUGCCUUUGCCAUCAGGGCCCCGGAACGCCGCCCGCUCUUGCUUACUUCUUGGUAGAUGUACACAUCCAGCUUCUCCACAAGCACCUGCCAGAAGACUGUGAACAAGGAGAAGCAAAGCUGCUCCUCCAGCUGGAGUAAGCGGUCUCUCACGGUGAGCAGCAGCGGGCAGGCCGAGCUGGACAGGGACAUCACCGCCUGCUCCGACUGCGACGGCAGCGACAGCCACCUGCGGGGACCAAGACCGCACCGCCUGCAGCGCGUUACAUUUUACUACGGAAUCUUCAAAACCUUGUACUUUUAGAGAUGUGGGGAAGUGCACUGUCCUGGGGCAUCUUGGGUGGAUAAGAGCAAAAUGUACAGCCCAACAUUAAAAGCCGUCUCAGAAAAUAAAUGUAACUAUAUUGAUACACUGGUUCUCCAUUUAAUACUCCCUUAUUUAAUGAGGAUGACACAUCAUUUCCUUAAUGUGACUUACUGAAAUAAUAAACGUAACAUGUAUUAGCA